AUUUACUAACUAUAGUACUACUUAUCGGCCGUGGCUGAUAGUGAAACUAGGCUGUAAUCGAUCAUACGCCGCCCUGACAGCCUCCAACUGGUGACCGAUCAUCUAAAGAACGAGUUUAUGCAUUCACCCGGACUCCAUACUUGAAGAAAACGCCGUUUUUGUUACUGUACCAGCAUGAAUUCAGCCGGACUGCUGUGUGAAACUGAGCGGCCGCGGCACAGUCCUUUCCUGAUCGGGGUGAGCGGAGGAACGGCCGGCGGAAAGUCCACAGUGUGUGCAAAAAUCAUGGAGCUUUUGGGUCAGAAUAAGGUGGAUCAUCACCAGAGGAAGGUCACUAUCGUCAGCCAGGACAGUUUCUACCGGGUUCUCACUCCAGAACAGAAGGCCAAAGCUUUGAAAGGCCAGUACAACUUUGACCAUCCAGAUGCGUUUGAUACGGAGUUAAUGUGUCAGACGCUGAAGGACAUCAUAGAAGGAAAGGUGGUGGAGGUUCCCACGUAUGACUUCGUCACCCAUUCCAGGCUGCCAGAGAAGAUAUGUGUGUAUCCUGCUGAUGUGGUGCUGUUUGAGGGGAUUCUGGUGUUCUACACACAGGAAGUCAGAGACAUGUUCCACAUGAAGCUGUUUGUGGACACAGACUCAGACGUACGCCUGUCUCGCAGAGUUCUGCGCGACAUGAGAAGAGGUCGAGAUCUGGAACAGAUUCUCACGCAGUACACCACGUUUGUUAAACCAGCCUUUGAAGAGUUCUGCCUUCCGACCAAGAAAUAUGCAGAUGUCAUAAUACCUCGUGGAGUUGAUAACAUGGUGGCAAUAAACCUGAUUGUGCAGCAUAUUCAGGACAUCCUCAAUGGUGACAUCUGCAAAUGGCAGAGGGGUUCUGUCAAUGGACACGCCCACGGGCGGAGUCUAAAGAGGGGCGUGGCCGAACACAGCGAGAAAUCUAGCGGAGGCGGGAGCAUGCCGGUGAAACGCCCCCUACUGGAGCCCAGCACACGACCACAUUAACACACACAGAAGAGAGUCAUACGAUCAAAAAACCCGAAAGCUUGAAUUUUCUGCAUGCUUCCAACACACACAUCUCUGUCAGGCUCUCUUUUCAUAGAAUUAAAAGGAAUAUUUUUUCCAAAAAUUAGAAUUUGAUGAAAAUGAUCACACUCUCAGGCCAUCCAAGAUGUA